CGCAAGCGCGCGCUGAUUGGCUGAACACUGAACCGCACGGACGCAUGCAUGAAAGACAGCAAACUCCUGUGUGCAGGGAAACGCCGCAGCAGCCCCAUUAUCCAACACAAAUAAAAUAACUCAGAAAAUCUCUCAGGGGGGCUCUGUUUGAAUGCUGUAACCCUAGGAUCAUCUCUGCACUUUCAGAGGUCACGCCCUGAAACCUAAGACUAGUGGGUUUCCUCCCCAAACCAGGAAGCACACUGCCAUUGUUGCUUAUAAGAAUUAAGUUCAAAAUCAGCCAUGGGAAAGAAGAACCAGAACCGUGAAGAUGAGGAUUCUGGGUCCUCUGAGGAAGAGUAUGUGGUUGAAAAGGUCUUGGACAGGAGAGUUGUGAAGGGCCGGGUAGAAUUUUUCCUUAAGUGGAAAGGCUUUACCGACAAACACAAUACCUGGGAACCAGAGAAGAACCUGGACUGUCCGGAGCUCAUUUCUGAGUUCUUGAAGACCUAUAAAAAGGGGAGCAGUGGGAGCACACCCAGCAGUAAGUCCUCCAGUACAGGCUCUUCUGUGACCCACCCCAAAGAAAGUAGCAGCAGCGCCACCAGCAAGAGGAAAAACUCGGAAGAAGAGAAUGGGAGUAGCAGCAAACCGAAAAAGAAAAAGGAGGAUGAGAUCCUUGUUGCAAGAGGUUUUGAGCGAGGCCUGGAGCCAGAGAAGAUUAUUGGAGCAACAGACUCCUGUGGAGACCUUAUGUUCCUUAUGAAGUGGAAGGACUCUGAUGAGGCAGAUCUUGUGCUUGCAAAAGAAGCCAAUCACAAGUGCCCACAGAUUGUCAUUGCCUUCUACGAGGAGCGUCUGACCUGGCACGAAGAUGGUGACAAGAAAGAGAAGAGUGCCACGGCUGUUUAAAGGAUGGAGGAGGGGAGGACAGAAACCAAAUCCUCCAAACCUCGUCCUCUAUAUCACACUGUUGACACUCUCAUAGCCAACUUUUAACGGACCAUUUAAAAAGAAACGGCCAGCUAGUAGUGGAGGUUACUGCCCACCUUAAACCUCCGUCCACCCUUCAAUUAAAAAAAGCAUUUCCCAUCAGACAACUUCUCGAGCCAUCUUAAAGUGAGCCAAAUGUUCAUGGAAAAUGGAGUCUGCAGCAGAUUGGUGGAAUGUGAUAUAUCUUUCUCUCCCUGAUCUACCCUCUGUUUUGUCAUGAUUUGUGCCCCUACAACUAUGUUCUUAAGAUGUAUUCUGUGCUAGUGUAGAUGUGAACCGUACAUGUCAACGUUUUAACUUUAUUCACACAGUUGAUUUGUAGUAUUGUCCAGACUGAAAAUAUCAGUUUUGCGUUUGACAUCUUUAACCCUGGACAAAGUCGUGAUGGCAUUUUUGGUUACAUUUGGAAAGUUGCAUCCCAAUUGAAGUUACUUUCUUUCCCUUUUAACGAUAAGGUACAAUUUUAUUGUAUACCUUUUUUAACUACUCAAAUGGGGAACCUUAGAUGCUAAAAUGCGGUCAUUAGGGUUUAGUUUGUGUUUAACAGUAAAGCCACAUUAUAUAGGAAUUAACUGUAUGGAGAUCCAGAGAUUGUUUUAAGACAUUUUAAUCGUUAGCUUUGAAUCGUUUAAUUUUCUUUCUUUUUCCCUACUAAUAUCUGUAAAAUAUCAUAUACCUGUUGACUGGCCCUUGAACUAAUUACUGAGGACUGAGGCAAUUGUCAUUCUACGAGUUUGUAUUGGAAGACCAUUUUAUCUGUUUGUAAACCUUUUAUUUUUUUUCAUUACAUUGCUUUGCUCAGAAGUCCAACGAAUAUGCCCCCUCUUGUGGCUAAUUUGGUGAAUCAAUUCCCAGUUUAGGCUCAUGAACCUAAUGCUGACCUCAUUCAAGUGAUAGUUUAACCAUAUGCCAGUUUCUUGUUUUACCUUUUUUUUUUUUUUCUUCUUUAUUUUAACCUGUAGUUGAAUCAAUAAAAUGGUGUAUCAAGGUCAAGUGACAGUUAUGUUCUCAGUAGUGAUUACAUUUUUCUUAUGUUCUUUGAAGAGUCACUGGAUGGAAUCUACUGAUAAUGGUGGACAAAAACGGUUUCAUUUACAAAAAAAAAAAAAGAAGCUUCAUUUAUGCAUGUAGUCCAUGUUGACAGCAGUGACAUCCUCAGUUAUUUUCAAAGGUUUUAGUUUAAUGAGAUGGAAUUGUUUGUUGGAAGAGUUUUGAAACAUUCAAACAGGGUUGAACUUAUUGUGUAGUUGAAAAAUAGUUUAACUCUCUACUUGUGUGCUUUUGUCGGAUGACAAGCGAGCCUUUCCUGCCAUGAUCAGUUCUAAAGUUACCCUGAUCUAGCGGUUGUUUUUAAAAUGUGCAACAUUAGAUGUCUUUUAUUAUGUUAAGUGCACAGCUUUUUUUUUCCUUUUUUUUUUGGUCAACACUUAACAGUUGAAAAUUUUGGAAACCCGAAACUGUCUUUUUUUUAAAUAAGUCAUACAAAAUAAAUUUCAUUG